AUGUCUUCCAUUCGCGGUUCUUCUUACUCAGUAGAGGAAGAUGUGCACUUGUGUCAUGUCUAUGUUGACAUUUCUCAAGAUCCAAUCGUAGGAAGAAACCAAUCAGGUAAUAAUUUUUGGGCAAGAGUUCAAUCAGAGUACCACAAAGAUGGAAAAUUUAGUAAUAAACCUCGCCCAGUAAGAUCUUUGAAAACUCGAAUGUCUACUAUUAAUAGUGCAGUUGCAAAAUUAAGGGGAUGUAUCAACCAAAUUCAAAAUAAAAAUCCAAGUGGUGCUUCAGCAAAAGACAUUUUAAUUCAAGCGAAGAUGUUAUUAGCCCAAGAUAAAAAGUAUGAUAAAGGCUUUAAAUUUGAUCAUGUGUGGCACAUCCUCAAAGGUAUUCAAAAGUUUUCAAAUGAUGAAAACAUCAAUGCACCACGUAGAUUCCAACACGAAGGUCCUAGUUUCACUUCAUCGAAAUCAUCGUCUCACAAUUUUGAGUCUCCAACAUCGGCAUCCACUGGUAUGAGUUCAUUUGAUCUAAACAUGAAUAAUGAGGAAAUGAAUACUUAUCUAACAGAAAGACCAUGUGGUGUGAAAAAAGUAAAGGAAAAACAAUUGGGUAAUGAUCAAUUCAACAAACUAAUGGAACAAAAUAAAGAACUCACUAAAGUUAUUGAAAAGAGUAACAAGGAUAGAAAUGAACGUCACAGAAGAAAGGCUGACGAAAAAAAUUUAUUCAUGGAUUUGAAUUCUAUAUCCGAUCCAGAGUUUCAUAAGUACAUUCAAAGUGAAAAAAGACGAAUUUACAAAGAAAGGGCACAAACAUCCGAAGUUGGAGAACAAGGAGAAUGA